UAUUAAGUUAUAGAACAAACAACUAUUCUCAACACAUACAUACACAAACAUGAGUAUGAGACCCCCAAUGGUUGGUCGUUUCUCUUCCUCCUCAUUCACAAACAUUGGUUCAGCAUCAUCAUGGUUUGAGGUAUAUGCUUCAUUCUCAACAUUCAUGAUGCUUUUAAGAACUGCAAUCAAUGAUCUCAUACCCUUAAAACUUAGAAAUUUCAUCAUCUCAAAGCUAACACGUUUCUUCACAGAUUACCAACCAAAUAACCAAGUUUCACUUCAAAUUGAUCAGUUUUGGGAUGGAAGUACAAACCAUCUUUACUAUGCUGCCAAAGAGUAUAUCCCUACUAAAAUAUCCAACACUUACAAAUCCCUUAAAGUUGGAAAAAUAUCCAAACAUAACAACAUGGUUCUAGCUUUUGAUGGAAAACAAGUGGUGGAGGAUGAGUUUGAUGAUAUCAAGCUUAAAUGGAGGCUUGUUGAAAAUUCCAACAAUGGUGAUGGUUUUGAUAAUCCAAAAAAGGAGUAUAAGGAAUAUAAGCAUAGGUCAAAAGACUAUGAUGAAAAUGGGUUUGUGUUAAGUUUUGAUGAGAAGCAUAGAGAUAAAGUAAUGGAAAAGUAUAUUCCACAUGUUUUAAGCACUUAUGAAGCUAUAAAAGCAGGAAAUAAAACUCUUAAGAUUCAUUCAAUGCAAUCUGGACCAUGGAAACAAAGUGAUUUAACACAUCCUGCUUCAUUUGAUUCACUUGCUAUGGAUCCUGAUCUAAAAAAUUCUAUAAUUGAUGAUUUAGAUCGAUUUUUGAGGAGGAAAAAGUUGUAUAAAAAAGUUGGUAAGCCUUGGAAACGUGGUUACUUAUUGUAUGGUCCACCAGGAACAGGAAAAUCUAGUCUUAUUGCUGCUAUGGCAAAGUAUUUGAAAUUUGAUGUGUAUGAUUUGGAUCUUAGCUCAGUGUUUUCAAACUCAGAACUCAUGAGAGCCAUGAGAGAGACUUCUAACAGAUCUAUCAUUGUUUUUGAAGACAUUGAUUGCAAUUCAGAGGUGCUUGAUCGAGCAAAACCAGACAAGUUUCCAGAUAUGGAUUUUUUAGAUGGGAUUAAGAUGGGUAAGAACAUGCCGCCUAGAAAGUUUACUUUGUCUGGUCUGCUUAACUAUAUGGAUGGUUUGUGGUCAAGUUGUGGAGAGGAACGAAUUUUGAUAUUUACGACGAACCAUAAGGAUAAAGUAGACCCGGCAUUGUUGCGCCCUGGUCGUAUGGACAUGCAUAUUCACCUUUCCUUUCUUAAGGCCAAAGCAUUCAGAAUCUUAGCUGCAAAUUAUUUGGACAUUGAAGGAAAUCAUCACUCACUCUUUGAACAAAUUGAAGAGCUAUUGGAAAAGGUUGAUGUCUCACCUGCAGUAGUGGCAGAGUAUCUAUUGAGAAGUGAAGAUCCUGAUGUUGCUCUUGGAGCACUUGUUAAAUUUCUUCAAGAUCAAGAAAUUGUGAAUGAAGAGACUAGUCAGGAAGUUUAGAGCCUGCUUAGUGGUGUGACAAAUUACUGACAUUAAUAAUGCCUUAUGUUAUUGCAGUUCUUAUUUAUUUAAGUUAUGCUCUCUAGUAUAUUGUAAAUGUAUGCACUUGUAUCUUGAUUCUUGAGUUGUUGUAAAACUUCAAUGCUACAUUUUUAGUAGAUUCUAAUAUCCAUUACAAUUUCAACAAUUUAAAAUAAUAUGAUAGUGGCAGAGUUUCCAGA